AGAAGAACUCAAAUUGAGUGAAAUUUCCCAUUUGCAAAAUAGUCGCGUCGGCGUUCACAGUGAUAAGAAGCGAAAGAGAAAUGAAGAGUGUUCAAUUAAUAUCUGUACCUAGUUUAAUAUUCGUUUGCCUGAUAGUACUCUUCACAGGAGAAAUAGAUGGCGCUCAAGUUACAUCAGCAGACGAACCUCAAAGCGAAUCGGUUAAUCAUCACCACCAGAUUAAGAAACGGCUCGUAUCUCUCUUCAACCCGCCUAACAAAGCCUAUGAGGCGUGUGUAACUCCGACAGGAGCGAAAGGUCAUUGCAAGCAUAUCAAACAUUGUUCGUUACCGGAUUUCUCGUCUAAUUUUUUGAGGAUUUUCAGUUAUUUAUGUAUCAUCGAAUCAUCUGCCAUUGGAGUCUGUUGCCCGGACAACACAGUUGCACAACCAGGACCGAAGGUAGAAACAUUUUUCGGUGCUCACGAAGAAAGUACGGCUGAUCUGGUCACUGAUGAUUCAGGACGUAUUGUUAAUAAACCUGAAAACCGAGGAUGUGGGUUGGCAACUAAACAAUUCCCAAAAAUUUCUGGCGGUCGACCGGCGAAACCUGACGAAUGGCCAUGGAUGGCGGCUAUCAUGCGCCGAGGUUAUCCUAACGCUUAUUGUGGGGGUGCUCUUAUUACAGACAGACACGUACUCACUGCUGCUCACUGUACUCAUCAAUUCGAUGUUGCAGAUAUUUAUGUUCGAUUGGGGGAGUACGACUUCAGUGAAUUCAAUGAGACCAGGCUACGUGAUUUUCGAGCCGCCUCAAUAAGACAACAUAUUGAUUUCAACCCUGCUACGUAUGAGAAUGACAUCGCAGUCAUAAAGCUCGAGAGACCUACGAUUUUCAACACAUAUAUUUGGCCUGUGUGUAUGCCACCACUUGGAGAAACCUGGGAAGGGUGGAUUGGCAUUGUAACCGGCUGGGGAACAACAUUCUUCGGCGGACCCCAUUCCAACGUUUUGAUGGAAGUCGCUGUCCCCAUUUGGAAUCAUGAAAGAUGCAAACGAGCUUUUGUGAAUAGAGUUUCGGAUGAGUUCCUCUGCGCUGGAUCGGACGAAGGAGGUCGUGACUCUUGCCAAGGUGAUAGCGGUGGCCCACUAUUGGUUCAACUACCGAACAGACGGUGGGUUAUUGUAGGAAUUGUUUCUUGGGGUCUGCGAUGUGGCGAGAAAGAUCAUCCUGGAAUCUAUACAAGAGUAAAUAAAUACAUCUCGUGGGUCGUUGAAAACUCUGCCUUUUAAGUAUUCUCAGAAAUAUGUAACAAAUUAAUCAAUUGUAAGAAAGUAGAUUUUAAUAAAAAAAAGUAAAGUUAACUUUUUGAACAAAUCAAAUCAA